GAAUAAUUUUAUCCCUUUAACACUCCUUGCUCCGCUCUCGCCAUAGCGUUCUUCACCGUUGCAGUGCCUUCACCCAGAUUAAUUUCUUUUUUUUUUUUCUGUAAAAGUAUUUUGAAUCAAAUUUUUUCUCUUUUCUUAAAUUUUUGAAGUAAAAUUUUUCCUAGUAAUUUUCGUUUCCGAUCAUUUCUAUUUUCUCUCUCGGAAAAAUUUUCUCACUUUUCUAUUUUUUGGGGUUGAAAAUUGGUAGCAAGGGGUCAGAAAUGGGAAAUUGGAGAAGAAUAAAAGGUUAUGGGCUGCGAAAAUCCUGAUACACAAAAGCAUUUUUUAAGUAGAUAAACACAAUAAUAAAAAGAAAGAAUGACAGAAAUGGAUCCGUCGAAGAAAGUGGCCGAUAGGUAUUUGAAGCGCGAGGUUCUUGGUGAAGGUACUUAUGGUGUCGUCUACAAAGCCAUUGAUACUAAGACAGGGCAGACAGUUGCAAUUAAGAAAAUUCGGCUUGGGAAGCAAAAGGAAGGGAUCAAUUUUACAGCACUCAGAGAAAUUAAACUUCUUAAGGAGCUCAAAGAUCCAAAUAUAAUUGAGUUAAUAGAUGCAUUCCCACACAAGGGUAACUUGCAUCUUGUGUUUGAAUUCAUGGAGACUGACCUUGAAGCUGUUAUUCGAGAUCGUAAUAUAUUCCUCUCACCGGCUGACAUCAAAUCGUACAUUCAGAUGACGUUGAAAGGGCUUGCUUUUUGCCACAAGAAAUGGGUUUUACAUAGGGAUAUGAAGCCAAAUAAUUUGCUAAUAGGACCCAAUGGACAACUUAAACUUGCAGACUUUGGUUUAGCACGCAUAUUUGGGAGCCCAGAUCGUAAGUUUACUCACCAGGUGUUUGCUCGAUGGUACAGAGCUCCUGAGUUACUUUUUGGUACCAAGCAAUAUGGUUCUGGUGUGGAUGUUUGGGCAGCUGCCUGUAUAUUUGCUGAACUUCUCCUACGACGACCAUUUCUGCAGGGCACCAGUGACAUUGAUCAAUUAGGAAAGAUCUUUGCAGCUUUUGGGACACCAACGUCUUCUCAAUGGCCAGAUAUGGUCUACCUUCCUGAUUAUGUAGAAUACCAAUAUGUUCCUGCACCUCCUUUGCGUUCGUUGUUUCCAAUGGCCAGUGAUGAUGCUCUAGAUCUUUUAUCAAAAAUGUUCACUUAUGACCCAAAAGUGAGGAUUUCCGUGCAGCAAGCGUUAGAGCACAGGUAUUUUUCAUCUGCACCUCCACCUACAGAUCCGCCUAAGCUCCCUAGGCCUAAUCCUAAAUCGCGAGUGUCAGAUUAUAAUCCCCAGGAGGGUCCCACUGUUCUUUCUCCCCCACGAAAGUCAAGGAGAGUAAUGCCGGAUCGUGAUAGGUUUGAAGGUAAUUCUGACCAAGCUGAGAAGGUUGAUGACCGUGUUGGUGAGAGACAGGCAGUUGGUGACAUUGCAGGAAAGAAUGAACAGGUGCCAAUGUCAAUAGAUUUUUCAAUCUUUGGCUCAAAACCUCUGAGUAGACCUACAAUUAAUAGUGCUGAUAGAUCUCACUUGAAGAGGAAACUUGAUCUUGAAUUCCAACACAAUGAAUAAGAAAAACCUACAUAUUCGUAUCCAAGCAUCUUUUGUGGUGAUGUGUUUUGGCUGCGGCAAUAUUUAUGAGCUGUAUUUAGGCUCCUCGAAGAUUUUGUUAAUCACUCUGGGCAGUCUUCUUUUCCAUUUUCUUUAUCAGCAAUUGGGGUUUUUAUUGGUAGGCGUCCUCCUGCCUUGAUAUCGCAAGGAAGCAGUUACCAUUGAAGCUGAAGAUGAUUAUUUUUCAGAGGAUUCUCUUCGGCUCUCAAAAUAACUGUAAAGGAAAGAGAGAAAAGUGGCUCCUAUUAACCAUUAGAUGAAAUCUGUAUUAAAAUUUUUUUCAGAGGAAAAAUUUUGAAUACAAGUUUGUUCUCCCUAUAACAAGACAAGUGGGAAAAACCUUUAUCCAACAAAGAGAAGAAAGAAAAGAAGAAAAGGAAUAUUUGUUGCUUGAGAACAGCUUGAUGAUGGUUCUGGUUGAUGCAAAAUGAAAUUUAAUUUCUACUAUUUGUUAUAUAGUGUACUUUUGCUCUGGGUGAAGAGUGCAGAUUUUAAUAUAUCUUGUGUUACUUUAAUUUU